CUGAUGGUGACUUCUUCUGUGUUGGCCUCUGUUGUUAGGAAGUCCCAGAGCUGCGCAUGCCCAGUCGCGUCGCUCCCAGCACCUAAUGAAUAUUUAAGCAUAUUCCGCGUUCGGCGCCCUUUGAUUGGACCCUCUGGCUCAGUUUCCUGUGUUAUGUUUUCGAGCCGAUUUUUGAGGGCACUGCUCUCUCUCCCCUCUCUCGGCAAUUGAACCAUCCAGCUCCAGCGUGUCCGGUCACCGCUCCGCUGCUGUCAGUGUCGGCUCUGUGCGCAACAAUGGACGGAGGAGGACACCGCUGAGGAGACGCAUCCAUGCCUUCGGGAGUUUACCGGGAAUAUCUUGUGUAAAACUUUUUUUUUUUUUUUUUGGAUUUUUGUUUCCUAUUGGCUGUAGCUUUAACAGCUACAGUUUUUUUGUUUUUGUUUGAGAGAGUGUGAACUUCACUGAGGUUCGGACACAUAGACUGGAUCGCGGGGAAUACGACGGAGGAGACUGCGACUGUUGUGUUGAAGACGGAGGAUGGGGAGCCGGGGGCACUACCGGUACCACUGGCAGAGCCACAAUGUCAAACACAGCGGAGUGGAUGACAUGGUGCUGCUCAGCAAGAUCAAUGAGGACGCCAUCGUGGACAACCUCAAGAAGAGAUACAUGGAUGACUACAUCUUUACAUACAUCGGUCCUGUGCUCAUCUCCGUCAACCCUUUCAAGCAGAUGCCUUACUUUGGGGAAAAAGAAGUUGAGAUGUAUCAGGGUGCAGCUCAGUACGAGAACCCCCCUCACAUCUACGCUCUGGCAGACAACAUGUACAGAAACAUGAUGAUUGAUCGUGAGAACCAGUGUGUCAUCAUCAGUGGCGAGAGCGGAGCGGGGAAGACGGUGGCAGCCAAAUAUAUCAUGGGCUACAUCUCCAGAGUGUCAGGGGGCGGACCCAGAGUCCAGCACGUCAAAGACAUCAUCCUGCAGUCCAACCCGCUGCUAGAGGCCUUCGGUAACGCCAAGACUGUGAGGAACAACAACUCCAGCAGAUUUGGGAAAUACUUUGAGAUCCAGUUCAGCUCCGGCGGAGAACCAGACGGAGGGAAAAUCUCCAACUUCCUUCUGGAGAAGUCGCGUGUCGUCAUGAGGAAUCCGGGAGAGAGGAGUUUCCAUAUAUUCUAUCAGUUAAUAGAAGGAGCCAGUGGAGAGCAGAAGAGCAGCCUGGGAAUCACAACCCUGGAUUACUACACUUACCUCAAUCAGUCUGGUUCCUACAAAGUGGACGACAUCAACGACAAGAGUGACUUCCAGGAGACCGUGCAUGCCAUGGAUGUGAUUGGCAUCUCGGCAGAGGACCGCGCCAUGGUGCUUCAGAUCGUCGCUGGAGUCCUGCACCUGGGAAAUAUCAGUUUCAGGGAGGCGGGCAACUACGCUGCCGUGGAGAGUGAAGAGUUCCUAGCCUUUCCUGCGUUUCUGCUUGGAAUCGACCAGAAGCGCCUAAAGGAGAAACUGACGAGCCGGAAGAUGGACAGCAAGUGGGGAAACGCGGUGGAGUCCAUCGAUGUGACUCUGAACGUGGAGCAGGCGUGUUACACCCGUGACGCCCUCUCCAAAGCCCUGCAUUCACGUGUGUUUGACUUCCUGGUCGAGUCCAUCAACAAAGCCAUGGUGAAAGAUCACCAGGAGAUCAAUAUCGGCGUGUUGGACAUCUAUGGAUUUGAAAUUUUCCAAAAAAAUGGAUUCGAACAGUUCUGCAUCAACUUUGUGAACGAGAAGCUACAGCAGAUUUUCAUCGAGCUGACGCUGAAGGCAGAACAGGAGGAGUAUGUGCAGGAGGGCAUCAAGUGGACUCAAAUUGAGUACUUCAACAACAAGAUUGUCUGUGAUCUCAUCGAGAGCAAAAAUCCUCCCGGCAUCAUGAGCAUCCUGGACGAUGUGUGCGCCACCAUGCACGCUGUGGGCGAAGGGGCCGACCAGACCAUGCUGCAGAAGCUCCGGAUGCAAAUCAACACCCACGAACACUUCAACAGCUGGAACCAGGGCUUCAUCAUCCACCACUACGCCGGCAAGGUGUCCUACGACGCUGAAGGUUUCUGUGAGAGGAACCGAGACGUCCUUUUUAACGACCUCAUUGAGUUGAUGCAGAGCAGUGAAAUCUCCUUCAUCAGAGCACUGUUUCCAGAAAACCUCAACGCUGAGAAGAAGGGUCGGCCCACGACUGCAGGCAGCAAAAUAAAGAAACAAGCCAACGAUUUGGUGAGCACACUGAUGAAAUGUACUCCACACUACAUCCGCUGCAUCAAACCCAACGAGACCAAGAAGCCCAGAGACUGGGAGGAGAGCCGAGUGAAGCACCAGGUGGAGUACCUCGGUCUGAAGGAAAACAUCAGGGUGAGGCGUGCUGGCUACGCCUACCGCAGAGUCUUCAGGAAGUUCCUCAACAGAUAUGCCAUCCUCACCAAAGAGUCGUGGCCAACGUGGCGAGGAGAUGAGAAACAAGGCGUCCUUCAUCUCUUGAAGUCUGUCAACAUGGACCAGGAUCAGUUCCAGCUUGGACGCAGCAAGGUCUUCAUUAAAGCCCCGGAGUCGCUCUUUCUGCUGGAAGAGACGAGGGAGCGCAAGUUUGACGGCUACGCCAGGACCAUCCAGAAGGCCUGGAGGAAAUACGUGGCCCGUAAGAAGUAUGUCCAGAUGAGGGAAGAGGCUUCUGAUCUGCUGCUGAACCGGAAGGAGAGGCGGCGACACAGCCUUAACAGAAACUUUGUAGGUGACUACCUGGGCAUGGAUGAUCGGCCCGAGCUGCGACAGUUCCUGGCCAAGAGGGAGAAGAUCGACUUUGCAGACAAAGUCACCAAAUACGACCGCCGCUUCAAGGGGAUUAAAAGGGACUUGAUCCUGACCCCAAAGUCGGUGUACCUGAUCGGAAGAGAAAAAGUGAAACAAGGACCAGAGAAAGGGCAGGUGACCGAGGUGCUGAAGAGGCGGAUCGAUGUGGAGAAGAUCUUGGCAGUGUCUCUCAGCACAAUGCAGGACGAUUUCAUGAUCCUGCAUGAGCAGGAGUACGACAGCCUGCUGGAGUGUGUCUUCAAGACGGAGUUCAUCAGCUUACUGGCUCGCAGGUUUGAGGAGAAAACCCAGAGGAAGCUACCACUCAAGUUUAGUAACACACUGGAGAUGAAGUUGAAGAAGGAAAACUGGGGCUUCCUGAGUGGCGGCGGCUCGCGGCAGGUGAUGUUCGUCCAGGGUCAGGGAGACAUGCCUAUACUGAAGCCUACGAGCAAAUCUCUGCAGGUCAGCGUCGGCCCCGGGCUUCCCAAGAACACACGCCCAUCCAGGAAGAGCUUCACUCAGAGUCGCCCCAGUGGUUCCAGAACUCACCAGAACAUCCCGUCUCGGGCGGCACCGGGACCCCCAGUUGCUCACCAGAAUGGUGGCAUCAAAAACACAAACCAUGUAGCCAAUCAGAGGAACGCGCAGCAUCACAGCCAGAGGCAUCCCUCCGGCGGCAACGCGACACGGCCCUUCCUGCCCAGCAACGUCAGCCAGCUGAAGGAGAGAGGCGGCAGCCGGCCGCAGCCGAACCUGGACUGUCUUAAAGUGCCAGAACAAGGCGCCGCAGGCAAUGGAGACAGACGGCCAACUUCAAAUGGAGGAAUGGCCCACAGACCAUCAGCCAGCAGGCCUCCGCCGGGAGGAGGACGACCCAAACCCGCGCCCAAACCCAAACCCCAGGUGCCACAGUGCAAAGCUUUGUACGCCUACGAUGCUCAGGACACAGACGAGCUCAGCUUCAACGCUGACGACCUCAUCGACAUUAUCAAAGAGGAUGCCUCCGGUUGGUGGACAGGACGACUUCGUGGAAAGCAGGGACUUUUCCCCAACAACUACGUCACCAAGAUCUAGGAGCUGCCGCUUUAUAACAUGAGGAGGAGGAGAAGGAGGAGGAGGAGGAGGAGGAGGAGAGCCUGCUGCGUCCCUGCUGACCGACUCAGAUGACGGGACGAAACUGACAGUCCAAGAGAGAAACACUGUGAGGAGGGAAACUCACACUUCCUCCACUGCUGCCUUCGUAGUUAAAUGAAUGUAACUCUCGGCUCCACCACCAGACCAAACGACCGUCAGGCUUGAAAUUGAGGCUCUGCUUUAAAGACUCUUUGACCCUGGGGUCUGAUUUUUUUCCUCCAGAGUAUGGAACAAAACUAUUUAUUGUAUUUAUAGCUUUCUGUGUUCUCCUUACUGUCAUUUAUAUCUUGCUGAGGAUUUGAGCUCAAACAUUUUGAAGCGUUGGAAUGAAGGAUGCUUAAUCUGUGGGGCCAGGCUGUGAUGUAUACUCUCCACGCGUCUUUUUUUUUUUUUUUUUUUUAAAUAGAUGAAGGUUUGAUUUCUGAAUCAGAAGCAGUCGUCGCAGUGACUGCUGCUUUUUUUUAACCAGGAAUAUUUAUUUUGGUGCAAAACUCUUCUUACAGGGAAUGGAGUUUCAAUAGAUCAUCGCACUGUGAUUUUAAACUACCAAAGUCUGUUCCACACCUUCAGAGGGCAAAGCGGCGAAUCGCCUGGAAAAUCGACUUUAUCUUUGUUCCAUCGUCGUUCUGUUUCUCUAUCACACCAGUAUAUUUUUUUCACACAGAGUAGAAGCCAUGUAUACUGUAACCUGAGCAUGCUGUCUGUGGUGUAUUAGCACUUUAUCGGUACAGGUACUACCUUGGACACAGACGUCAUCACUCGUUCAUGCCACAGCCAGUAAUUCUACGAAGGACAGGUUGCCAAGCUAAGCAAUAAGCCGAGUUACUAAAGGAGAAUAAUUUGUUUACAUGAAGUGAUAAAAACAGGCUUUUUUUCCAGAUCUGAUUCUGUAUAUGUGUUCAUAUUGAGGAGUAGGCCUGUCGUUGGUUAGGAUUUAAAUGAACUGUUUUGUAUUUUUCUCUUAAGGAUCUUCUGUUAUUCUCUCUGCUUUUGAUACUGACAGGGCUGCUUUAUCUCCACUUCUCACUAAUCUCAUGACGGUUCUCACGGACUCGGGUGAAUGGAUUUUUGUUUUGUCAAAAAAGUUUUAGGUGAAAGAAAUGUGUUGACAUUUUCUCCGUGGCACUACAAAGGAUUCCUUUUGCUUCUGUGUUUUUUUUGUUUUUGUUUUUUUGCGCACAUCUUUUGCACUGCUGUUGCAUUACUUACACAUUCCUAAUCCUCAUUUGUUUUUGUUUUUUUUAAUCCAAUAACCACAUUAUGCUCUAGUCAGUGAAAACUGCCGGGACUUCUGUCAUAGAUCUUCUCUGCGUUUGGUCUUGGAUGGUUGAAAACAUCCUUGUGCAAUACAAAACAGUAGAUUUUAAUAAAGCAUGUAAUAUUGUGUAUUUAACUGCUCUGUUUUGUUUUAUUAUCAGAGAACCCAUUAAAUGAACAACGAUC